AUGUCAAUGAUGAAGCAAUAUCUACUUCUUUCUUUCUUGGUACUACUAUCCCCUUCAUUUGCACCUAUCCACGCCCGUAAAAAAUCACAUCCCGCAAUGUCUCCCUCACCGGUAGCAACUCCGGCGCCAGGACCGUCAAAUUCUGAUUGCUCGAGCGUAAUAUAUGAUAUGAUGGAUUGUCUAUCGUACAUCACCCCCGGAUCAAAUGAUACUAAUCCCUCGAAAGUGUGUUGUGGGGGAAUCCUAUCUGUUUUACAGUAUAAUCCUAACUGUCUUUGCGUCGGCUUAGCGAGUAGCAAAGAUAUGGGGAUUGCAAUUAAUAACACUAGAGCCCAUUCCAUGCCUAAGACUUGCAAGCUCCCCGUUGCUGCUCCCCAUUGUGCUAUACCGGGCGCGUCAGCACCGGCUGCAUCUACUCCUGGUAUGCCUCCGAGUACGCAUUGA